AUGGUGGGGUUCCUCCGCAAGAAGAAAUCGGACCGCGCAGUGCUCUCGGGCGACACUGUGCUGGACCGCAAAGGCAAAGUGGACAAUGCCAGUCUACUAGACGGUGACGGUGAGCCCACAGAGGGCACGCUGUACGACGUGAAUGGUAAGCGGGUGAACCACCACAACCAACGAAAGUCGGACGAGGAGAAGCGGUCGAGUCCGAAUCCCAUGGCUAAUGCUGGCUACCCGCUCGUUCUGGCCACGGGUGCGUACCCCCCACAGCAGCAGCAGCAGCCACCGGGUGUCUACGGUUACGCCAACAACAACCCUCCGCAGCAGUAUGGCCAACCCCCUCGACAGCAAUACGGCCAACCCCCUCAACAGCAAUAUGGUCAACCUCCUCAACAGCAAUAUGGCCAACCACCUCAACAGCAAUACGGACAAUUGCCUCAUCAGCAUCAGUAUGGACAACCGCCUCUUCAACAACAACAGUAUGGACAACAGCUUCCUCAACAGCAGUACGGCCAGCAUCAACAGCAGCAGUACCCGCCCACGACGUUGGGAGGGCAAUACCAGUACCCGGUGCGGUACGGCCAGACGCCGCCUCCGAUGCCAUCGACCGGUAAACGCUCCCGUUUCCGUCUCCCUAGCAUUGGGAAAAAGAGUUGA